AGAAAGCAGAAGCACCAUCAUUUGCACACUCCUUAUACUUCACACACCUUAACCCUGACUUUUUAGCUUCAGUUUUUCUAAAGAAGUGAAGCCAAGAUGAAGAACCAUUUGCUUUUCUGGGGAGUCCUAGCCAUUUUUGUUAAGGCUGUUCUUGUGACAGCCCAAGAUGACGAUGAAAGGACUGUUCUCGUUGACAACAAAUGUAAGUGUGUCCGGAUUACUUCCAGGAUCAUCCCUUCUGCUGAAGAUCCUAAUGAAGACAUUGUGGAGAGAAACAUCAGAAUUAUCGUUCCUCUGAACAACAGGGAGAAUAUCUCUGAUCCCACCUCACCACUGAGAACCAACUUUGUGUACCAUUUGUCCGAUGUCUGUAAAAAAUGUGAUCCUGUGGAAGUAGAGCUGGAUAAUCAAAUAGUUAUGGCCAGCCAAAGCAACAUCUGUGAUGAAGAGAGUGAGGUCUGCUACACUUAUGACAGAAACAAGUGCUACACAAAUCGGGUCCCAUUUACCUAUGGUGGUGUGACCAGGAUGGUGGAAACAGCCUUGACCCCGGAUUCCUGUUACCCUGACUAACUGAAGUCACUGCUGACUGCAUAGCUCCUUAUCUUAAAAGGCUCUUCAUUUCGAUGCAGAAAGUUAAUAUAUUUACCACCAGUGAAUUUGAAACAAUGAUUUUUUUUCUUCAUGUAAAACUAACCCCCCCAAUUGAAAUAGUAACAUAAUUAUUUUUAUUGAAAUGACUUUUCAACUGUAUGUUCUUAACUCUAAGUAGUGAAGUCUCUCAUUAUCCUUGCCCGAAGGGGUAGAUGCCCUUAAGAAUAUAAUUCCUAGCAUUUAAAAAGAAACAAGGGGAGAAAAUAAAACUCAAAAGAGUAAAAAUCAGAAGACAUAAUUAAAUUUCAACUUUCUUUUCUUUUUUUUUUUUUUUUUUUUUUUUGGCAUUGCCUUGGAGAGCCAGAGCUUUUGCACCUUCCAUACUGUUCUCUUUUUAAAAAGUGUCACUGUGCAGAGAAAAUUUAUAUGUAAACAUAGGUCAAUUAUAUGUCUUCACUAGAAAAAUAAUAAUUGGAAAACGUGUUUCCAAAAUAUUUGUAAAAGUAAUUUAAAAUGGGAUCUCCAUUUAUGAGACUAAUGAGCUGAAUGUGACAUCAUUAAAUGCGUAUUUGGGAAAUAUAUUUUGACAUAGCACAGAUUCGAUGGCAGAUGACACAGACUUUUCUUUGAUAAUCAGGGUAGUGUAGGAAAUUUCCAUUGGAAAUCAUGUAUGUUGUAACUGAAUCUGAUGAAAUGUGUAUUCCAAAAUAUGUAUUCUCUAGCACAGUUUGAAUAAUUAAAUAGAUUCAUAAGCAUA